AUGUGGGAUGAUCUGUUCACGAGAUUCAAAGUGAACAAUCUACCGAGGAGGUAUCAACUUGAACAAGUUGUAAUGACUCUAAGACAAGAUCAACUUGAUUUGUCAAGCUACUUCACGAAGAAGAAGACUCUGUGGGAGCAGCUAGCCAACACCAAGUCUAGAAACGUGAAGAAAUGCAAUUGUGAUCAUGUCAAGGAGUUGCUUGAAGAAGCUGAUACGAGUCGUGUUAUACAGUUCCUCAUGGGGUUAAAUGAUGAGUUUAACAGUAUCAGGAGUCAGAUACUGAACAUGAAGCUUCAACUAGGAUCGAAUGAGAUCUAUAAUAUGUUGGAUCAAGAUGGGAGUCAAAGACUAGUGGGAGUUUCUUCUAGGCCAAAGCCACCUCCUACUGCUUUUCAGUCUCAAGCUAUGAUUCCGGAUCAAAACUCAAUUCUGAUGGCUCAAGGAAACUUUCAAAAGCCUAGAUGUUCUCAUUGUUCUCUAGUUGGCCAUACUGCGGACAAGUGUUACAAGAUCCACAAAUAUCUGCCAGGUCAUCCAAGGGCUAAGGAAAACAAUUACGUUGGAAGUACAAAUUUGGCAAUUACUGGUCAGAUUGAGGAUCAAAAGGAUCAGAAAGGGACAGAGGCACAUGGAGAAAUGUCAAAUGAUCAGCUCCAACAGAUGAUUUCUUAUCUCAGUGCCAAACUUCAGUCUCCCAGUAUCACCUCAUGUCCUGAUAAAGUUGUAGCCUCGACUUCGAACUCUGUACCUUCUAUCUCACAAAUAUUUGGUACUUUCCUUUCUUUAUAUGAUUUUACUUUCUAUGACAUGCUGACUUCUUCUAUACCUCAUGAAACUGAGUUGUCUUUUAGAGCUUAG